AUGGGUGCCGGACGGGAUGGUUCAAAUGUUCCCGGAUGGUCCAGUGAGUAGCUUUUCAAUUUAUCCCAAUUGUCAUCUUUUCCUUUUAUCCUCAACUCGCUCGUUGUACAGCGACCCAAAUGCUGUUUGAUUCCAGUGGACAACACUCAGCGAGUCAAUUCAUCAAAAUUGUUCAAACCUGGGUCAAUGUAGCUUUUUCUAACGAUCAUAGUCGCCAAGCUACUCGCAACCCCCGAGGUCCGUUGCGCGCGAUGCCUUUCGGUAUCGCGCCAAGAGGGAUUUGUUCGCCCACAACCAGAAGAAGUUCCUCGCCAACGAUGGCGACGAUGAAGAUCUGGAGAGAGAUAGUGACGAUGAAAACGAGGGUUGA